CUCGGUUGGCAGCACUGUGUUAAAAUCGAAAGUGACGUAACAAGAGAAAAGUGGCGUGCUUUUGUGUGGUGCAGGAAAUCAACAAAAAGUGACAAAAAAAACUCGCAGACACUACCUCACCUUUUUCACCCUUCGCUGUAACCAUCAAUGGGCGCUCCUAUCCAGGGAAAAGGCAACAGACGUGGUAACGCAAAUAACAUUGGCGCGAGGAACGGCUUUGGCAAACCUAGGCAACCCCUUCCUCGUCGGCCAUUGAACGGCAAUUUCACGCCAUUUGAUAGUCCACCCAUGAUGAGGCCCCGAGGUCCAUUUCCGCCAAACCGCGGCGGCCCGAUGGGCAUGCGACCCAUGAUGGGCCCCCCGAACAUGCGACCGCCCCCGCCUCGCGGCGCCCGACCGCCGCCACCCCGACUGCCCCGCGGCCCCAUGAUGCCGCCUAGAAUGAUGGGACCAGGCCCCAGGAUGCCGCCACCUCCGCCCGGCAUGCGACCGCCUCCGCCUGGAAUGCGGCCGCCCCCGCCACACAUGAUGGGUAUGCCGCCCGGGCCGCCCCCGAUGCGCGGCAUGGGUUUCAGACGAGGAGGCCCAAUGAACAGAAACCGGAAGUUCCCCAUGGGGAUGUUCAAGGGGGUGCAGAAGGGAAGGAUCAUGAAGAAGCGGAAAGGUUUGGUUAAGGAUUUAGAUUUAACGAAGAAGUGGGUUACGGAUGCCAUUAAGGAAGAAUUCAAGAAGAAGGAUGAGUUGCUGGCUGCGGCGAAGAGUGCAGGUCCGGAUAAUAAGGAGGCCUGGGCUACGUAUAGGAGUCAGAGAGAAAAGUGCAGCCAGAUGUACCACGUAGCUGAGAUGGAGUUCAUUGGGCAGCAGGAGACUAGCGAAAGUCAGUGGGAAUCUGAAGAAGAAUGCGACGAAAAUCCAGAAACAGAAGAACUCUUUUUUUGCGAUGUCUGCGAACAAGAUUUGUAUUCGCAGCACUCGUACGAAAAACACAUAUCUGAACAUAAAAUAUGUGGGUUGGAGGGUUGCCAAUACACGGCUCACGCAAGCCUGAUCGAAAAACAUAUAGAAGUGCAACAUGUAACAGGUUUGUAUGAAAAAAUCCGUAGCGUUAAUACACCUGAAGAAAUUGCGAAAUGGAUCGAACAGCGAAAAGUUCGAUAUCCUAGUAAGGAAAACGUUCAAAAAAGGUACGAACGGCAAGAAGAGAUGUUGAAGAGAGGGGAGAAAAUCGGAGAGCGAAAGAAUCGUUUUGGGAAAGAUAGAACCAGACUUUCACGAGUGAAGCAGAAGAAGACGUUUAAGAAAAAGAAGCGCGGUGUAAAAACAGAACAAAAACCAAAGGAGUCACUUAUUGAUGAAAAAUGCGACUGGAAUGGAUCGAUGUUCCCCUUCCGGGGAACACAAGAGUUGUAUCAUGAGGACGUAGAAAAAGAAAUUAGCGAUUAUGAUGACGAAGAAUGGAUGACGGAAUCAUCAAACACUAAAGUUAAGGUUGAGUUAAAUAAUGCACUGGGAGCUCUCAUGGGGGCGUAUAUGUCAGACGAAGAAGAUAACGCUGUUCAAAAUCAGUCUGAUGACGACGGACCCCCCAUUGAAAUGAAGAUCGAAAAACAGACAAUGGAAUAUCCCAAUGAACAACCAAAUGAAGCAAAAGUAGUGAAACAAAGUAAGAAAAGAAAGACCGUAGCUGGUAAGAAACAAAAUAAGAAACUGUGUUUAGAUGACAAUAAAACGUUACAAACGGGAUUUUCUCGUAUGAAAUUCUUUAGACGUAGAGUAACUUUAUUGGAAAAAUUAUUAGACAGCGAAAUUCGGCAUGAAAGGAAUGUUCUUUUGCAAUGUGUACAAUUUGUUGUUAGUAAUAAUUUCUUUAAGAAUGAAAGCAGCACUGAUGUUUAAAACUGAAGAUAAUACUGUUCUGUGAUCAAUGGUCUGACGAAUAUUGUAAAAUAUAUUUUCCUAUGAACUAUCGUGUAAACGUAUUUUUAGUUAUGUUAAGAAUAUCAGAGUAACUUCGUUUUUAAUUCUUGUUACAUAUAACGCUUUUGAUAUUCUCCUGUGAUCUUUUUUAUAACUAUAUUCUAGAAUACAAAUGUAUUGAAGUAAGAA